AUGAAAAUAAUAUUGUUGACAUACGUAACGCUUUCUCUAGUUUUGAAUUUAGAAGCGAAAAUUACUAUACUGCUGACAGAUGGACCGAUACAAAAGAUCGGACCGAGAAUUUAUAAGAAGGAACUCCUCACGAACGAAUUCAAUGACCCCAUAGAACUCGCAUACGAUUCAGCGACGAGGAACCUCUUCUUCAUGUAUAUGGACGACGAACUGCAGAAUUCCGGUCGUGCUUUCGUAAACGUUAUAACGAAGAGAAGCAAGAAAAUCGACGGCAUAUCAAGAAACAAAGCGACAGCAGUCGAUCCCGAAACAGGUGAUGUGUAUUUCGGAUCGGACGAUGGACUUUAUAUUUACGAUGCGUUAACAAACACUGCAAAAAACAUUGGACUGUACAACGUGAAUGUUUUUAAAGUUGUUAUUAGAGACAAUCAAAUGUACCUCAUAGAUGCUAAUAAUCACAUGAUAUACAAGGUUACAAAUCGAGGAACAAGAACAGUUAAAUUAGGCAACGCUAAAACUGUUAUUGAUUUUGAAAUAGACAAUAACAAAAACGUUCAUUUUGUUACCAUGUGCGGACUGUAUUGUGCUGUUGGCGGUGAAGAAAUUGUGAAGAAUAAUGAUUUAAGACUUGCGUAUAAUUUCAUCGUUGACGGUGAAAAGACGUACGCGAUCGCAGAAGGGGUUCUCUAUGAAAUUGACUGUGCUAACGGAACCGCAUCAAAAGUUGCCGAUUUAGAUUUUAUCCCGCGUAGUAUUAUAUUUGGUGACUACGGUGACAUAUUCUAUUCAGAGAAUGAUAACAUUUAUAGGUUAAGGCCAAUAACGUCUUAUCUAGUAUAUAAUUUACCAAGGAGAUCGCAACACAAUUUGACGUAG